GACCAGAACGUCGGAGGAAAGCUCGAGAAGAGACCAGAAGGCGGCGAGGAAAGUAUAAAAUACCGAGAAGACCCGAAGGCUGACGAGAGCAAAACAAAACCGAGAGGACAAACAGGACAAGACCGACAAGGAGGACAAACAGGACAAGAAGGACAAGGAGGACAAACAGGACAAGAACGACAAGGAGGACAAACAGGACAAGACCGACAAGGAGGACAAACAGGACAAGAACGACAAGGAGGACAAACAGGACAAGACCGACAAGGAGGACAAACAGGACAAGAAGGACAAGGAGGACAAACAGGACAAGAACGACAAGGAGGACAAACGGGACAAGACCGACAAGGAGGACAAACAGGACAAGAAGGACAAGGAGGACAAACAGGACAAGAACGACAAGGAGGACAAACAGGACAAGAACGACAAGGAGGACAAACAGGACAAGACCGACAAGGAGGACAAACAGGACAAGAAGGACAAGGAGGACAAACAGGACAAGAACGACAAGGAGGACAAACGGGACAAGACCGACAAGGAGGACAAACAGGACAAGAAGGACAAGGAGGACAAACAGGACAAGAACGACAAGGAGGACAAACAGGACAAGAACGACAAGGAGGACAAACGUCUGAUUCCACUGUGCUUCAUCAUCUUUAACCACAGACACUGAAAGAUGUCUGCAGCCAAAGGCGUAGCGGUCGGCAUCGACCUGGGCACCACCUACUCCUGCGUGGGCGUCUUCCAACACGGCAAAGUAGAAAUCAUCGCCAACGACCAGGGCAACAGGACCACGCCCAGCUAUGUGGCGUUCACCGAUACCGAGAGGCUCAUCGGCGACGCGGCCAAGAACCAGGUGGCGCUGAACCCCAGCAACACGGUGUUUGACGCCAAAAGGCUGAUCGGGAGGAAGGUGGAGGAUCCGGUGGUGCAGGCGGACAUGAAGCACUGGCCCUUCAGGGUGGUGGGAGAUGGAGGGAAGCCCAAGAUCCAGGUGGAGCACAAAGGGGAGGAGAAGAGCUUCUACCCCGAGGAGAUCUCCUCCAUGGUCCUGGUGAAGAUGAAGGAGAUUGCCGAGGCCUACCUGGGCCAGAAGGUGUCCAACGCGGUGGUCACGGUCCCGGCGUACUUCAACGACUCCCAGAGGCAGGCCACCAAAGACGCCGGCGUCAUCGCGGGACUCAACGUCCUGAGGAUCAUCAACGAGCCCACAGCGGCCGCCAUCGCCUACGGUCUGGACCGAGGCAAGUCGGGAGAACGCAACGUCCUGAUCUUCGACCUGGGCGGGGGCACCUUCGACGUGUCCAUCCUGACCAUCGAGGACGGCAUCUUCGAGGUCAAGGCCACGGCCGGAGACACCCACUUGGGCGGAGAGGACUUUGACAACCGCAUGGUGAACCACUUUGUGGAGGAGUUCAGGAGGAAGCACAAGAAGGACAUCGGCCAGAACAAGAGGGCCUUGAGGAGGCUGCGCACGGCGUGCGAGAGGGCCAAGAGGACGUUGUCCUCCAGCUCGCAGGCCAGCAUCGAGAUCGACUCUCUGUUCGAGGGCGUGGACUUCUACACCUCCGUCACCAGGGCUCGCUUCGAGGAGCUGUGCUCCGACCUCUUCCGGGGAACCCUGGAGCCCGUGCAGAAAGCCCUGAACGACGCCAAGAUGGACAAGGGCCAGAUCCACGACGUGGUCCUGGUCGGGGGCUCCACCCGCAUCCCCAAGAUCCAAAAGCUCCUGCAGGACUUCUUCAACGGCAGGGAGCUGAACAAGAGCAUCAACCCCGACGAGGCGGUGGCGUACGGCGCCGCCGUCCAGGCUGCCAUCCUCAUGGGCGACACCUCGGGCAACGUUCAGGACCUGCUGCUGCUGGACGUGGCGCCCCUGUCCCUGGGGCUGGAGACGGCCGGAGGGGUCAUGACGUCGCUGAUCAAACGCAACACAACGAUCCCCACGAAGCAGACCCAGGUCUUCACCACCUACGCAGACAACCAGCCGGGGGUCCUCAUCCAGGUGUACGAAGGGGAGCGCGCCAUGACAAAGGACAACAACCUGCUGGGCAAGUUCGAUCUGUCAGGAAUCCCGCCGGCGCCGCGGGGCGUCCCGCUGAUCGAGGUCACCUUUGACGUGGACGCCAACGGCAUCUUGAACGUGUCGGCGAUGGACAAGAGCACCGGCAAGGAGAACAAGAUCACCAUCACCAACGACAAGGGCCGGCUGAGCAAGGAGGAGAUCGAGAGGAUGCUGCAGGAGGCGGACAAAUACAAGGCCGAGGACGACCUCCAGAGGGACCGGGUCUCUGCCAAAAACUCCCUGGAGUCCUACGCCUACAGCGUGAGCAGCAGCCUGCGGGACGAGAACCUGACGAGCCGCGUGAGCGCCGAGGACCUGAAGAAGGUGACGGAGAAGUGCGAAGAGACCGUCGCUUGGCUGGAGAACAACCAGCUGGCUGAGAAGGAGGAGUACCAACACAAACAGGAGGAGCUUGAGAAGGUGUGCAACCCGGUCAUCAGCAGGCUGCACCAGGGAGGGAGGCCUGGGGGCAGCUGUGGAGAGCAGGCACGAGCCGGCUCCCAGGGGCCCACCAUCGAGGAGGUGGACUAAAGGAGGCCCUUCGUGUGGACUGGGUGGGACUGUUGGAGAGAGGGUUUUAUACGCGUCAUUAUCGUCCUCAUUUCGUCUCUGCCUUGCUGGACAAUAAGGACGAAACAUUGUUUAGGAUAAAUGUUCAUUCAGUGACACGAGAACAUUGUCUAAUUUAACCGCCAUGCUGCCCUAUCAUUGUAUGUAUUGUUGAUGAAUUAAUAUAUAGUAUUUUUAUAUAUGUAUAUUGUGGGGUUAGGGGCUUCAAUAAUUGAUAUUGUUAUAUUCUGUAUCUGUUUAUAAUGUCAAUUCUUGCAUGUACAUUUUGUCUAAUUUUACAUGAUCUUAUUUCAUUCCUAUAUUAUUCCUCUAUGUGGCAAUAAAUAGCUUUUGAAUUCUGUAUGGUUGAUGAAUUAAAUACAUAUGUAUU